UUGAAAUUUGCUCCAUCGUAAGCAGCGUUUGGGCAUCUCUGCUCUCAAAGAUUUUUUACAAAAUCGCAAGCACAACCACGAGGUGACCAUCAAAAUACGACAACGAAGCAGAAAAAUGGAUAUUAGUAAAUUGAUCUCCGAAGUCGAACAGCGUCCCGCUCUGUGGGAUAUAACCCAUCCGGGGCACGGUGACCGUACGGAGAGGAGAUUUCAAUGGCUCGGCGUGGCAUUGGAAAUGGGUGGCAAUGCGCAACUGUGUCAGCGCAAGUGGCAGAGAUUGCGCCGCAGCUACCGGAGGUGCGUUAGCUUACACAAUCACUGGAUCCACGCCGAAGCCAUGCAAUUCUUGGGCAACGGCAAUCGGGCGGAUGCGGACAACCCCGAGGAGCAGCACGACAACGACGAGAGCGAAAACGGCAACGACGAGAACGACAACGACGAGAACGAGACCGACGACAACUACUUCUUCGUCAUUAGUUUGUUGACGACGAUGAGGAGGAUGACGCCAUUGCAAAAUAUCCAAUUUCGCACCAUGGUGAUGGAUGCUUUGCGCUAUAUGAUGACCCAAAUGCAACAGGAGCAACAGGAGCCAUCCAGCACCACACAUUAAAAUAAACAAAAAAAUUCCAUACAAUAUAUUUAAUAUAUAAAUAAAAAUAUACCGUAUGGCGA